AGCUUAAUGUUGCAAAGACAGGUCCUCCCUCUUCCACCAAGUGGAUUCACUCACUGUACACCCGAAAGUGAUUUGUCGCUACUGUUGAAGUAGUACAGCUAUAAAAGUAGUUCGAUGGAUUAAUAUACAAUAGGUACUUCUAGUAGUUCUAGUUGUAGUAUAGACGUUGAAGAUCAUUGUUCGCGCAUCCGGCUACUUCCAACCGAACCUGCGUUCUUGAGUCUGCUUAUUAUUGAGGGCGUUUCGUUUCCGAACAUUAAUAGCCGACCCGGCCCGGGGGGUUUAUUUUGAAGCAGGUAAGAAGCGACGCGGCGUCGACGUGUCGUGUCACACCAGAGUAUAUUUCAUGCUGGUUCUACUUCUACUUACGUCCCGGUCGUCCCUCUAAAUCUAUCACAUCAAUCAUGUCGAAUUGGUUCGACCGCGCCAAGGCGUGGACGAGCGAGGCCGCCGUGAAGGUAACGGAAGCGACGCAGAAGGGUUACGAAAAGACGAAAGAUGCGACGAUCAAGGCGAAGGAAAUUGCCAAGCAAAAGCUGGGCCGCAUGGAGACGGCCCAGGAGCUGACGAAGAUUUUGGAGGAGAAGGCACGGAACGCGGUGACGCUGAUAUCAAAUGUAAAAAUGUCUGGGUCUGGAAGAAUGCAAGUUUGUCAUGCUUGUCUGGCAUGACUCUUAAAUCUGUCAUGCGCAUUACCAAAGAGCCCCACUUUUCUGUCAUGCAGAGACGUAGUUUGUCAUGCAGAUUAGGCAACACCUAGAAGCUCAGAAACUUGUCAUGCUGAGCCAGCAAUUGUGGCCUCCUCAUGAUACGCCGCACAGCAUCACAAGUUUCCAGCAGACCCAGACAUUUUUGCAUUUGAUAGCUGACCCAGAUCGCGGACUUGCACCGCUCCUGGAUCUCGUCGAUGAACCGGAAGGACGGGCCGAGCUACAUUUUGCCCUCCUACGCCUGGGAGGUAUCAACUGCAAAAAUGUCCGGGUCUGGAAGAUUCUGAGACUUUGACUUGUCAUGUACGUUUUGCAUGAGCCAUGAGGUCUGGAAUGCGAGGCCUAGCAUGACAGAUUCUCUGGGGUCUCUAUCAUGCCUUUCCUGCGUGAGAAACUCCCGCGCAAUUUGGUCAAAAGCGGACAGCUUUUGGUACUCACGCAACACAGAUUUUUGCAUCAUUCGGAUUUAGCAUGACAAGUUCUAAUCUUCCAGACCCAGACAUUUUUGCAUUUGAUAAGAGGAAAACUUGAACAACCCGGACGCCGAUGUCGUGGAGCGCCAGUUGUCGACGGAUGCUGCGGUCUAUCAAAUGUAAAAAUGUCUAGGUCUGGAAGAUUACAACUUGUCAUGCUGUUUUUGGACUCUAAAAAAAUUUGUAUUGCAUGGCCGGCAAGAUGGGUGCAAUUUGUGCUUACACGGAGAGGGCAUUCCUCAUGCGGAAGGUGCAUCAGGAAGCCCUCUAAAAGUCUGCGAUGCUAGGUCAUGCAUUACAAACAUCAUGGGUCAUGAGAAAUAUGCAUGACAAAUCUCGCAUUCUUCUAGACCCAGACACUUUUGCAAUUCAUACGGUCGUGGCGGAGAGUCCAGGGGAACAAACCUCGACCACCACAUCAUCCGGGGACACGAGCAGUUCGAAAGAAACGACGCCCGCAGGAGGGGGAAAGGAAAAGGAAAACAAAUCGAUAUUUUCAAAAAUCUCCUCCGUCGUCAGCAAACGGGCUGGCUCGCACGAGGCAAUCAUGGCGGAACGAGAAGCGGCCGCAAAGGAUCCAAACAAACGAAUUCUGUCGUUCAAACAGGUGCAGCUUGUUUUCCUGACAAGUAGUUUUCACCAGUGAAUGGGAGUUGUAUCGCCAGUUGCUUCAAUAUCAAUGCCGUCACUACAACUUCUCAUGCUACUACUGGUGCGUAAUAAUUUCCACGCAUGCUGCUUUUGUGCUCGUCAAGAGUGAAUUUUUUGAAUUUGAUUGGUUACAUUCAUUCCAGUUCACUUGGGCUAGUGGUGAUGCCGAACACGACAUCAUCUCAACUCCAAGGUAUUCCUGCGGUCCCGGGCAUUGGAGAUCACGAUGGAAACUAUUUUGUGUGACGAGUACAUGCGGAAGCGCUUUGCGCCACCAACACCUGACGACCACAGCUCGCAUUCGUUUUACUUCUACUCGUUGUUGCAAAACGCGCUGUCGUGUCCCCCGGAAAUCUGGGGCGGGCUCUUGCGGACCGCCACGGAAGCAGAGCUCCUGACUGACUACCACAUUCGAUGGCUGUCAAGGCUGUUUGGCGUGCUGAAGAUCGACUGGUUGGACGAGGUAUUCCACAGCGAAAGGAAAGACAUGGCAGUUCGGGCGGAGCAGCUACGAAACGAAAUUCGCAGCGUCAAGACGGCACUGCCGAGCCUCACUGAUCUCGAGAUUGAAAAGCACCACAAGAAAAAAGUCACGGCGAGUCGCGACCUGGUACUAUAUUUAUAAUUUUUUUCUUUUCAGCUGGACGAGAAUUGAUUCGGGGGAAAUCAGAUGGAAACGAGAUUGAAUGAUGAUAAUCAUUAAUCAAUUCGAAAUAAGAACACGACAGGGACACAGGGCCAUCAUCAAAGAUGAGGACGGCCAUCCUUUAACUUUAUCUAUGAAUUGGAACAAGUUCUGUAUGCAACAUCCACAACGAGGAACAGCGAAAAUAAGUAUGAAUAUGAACAACUUUUCGCCAGGUCCAACUGUAUAAAGGACUCCGAGUCAAUAUGGAGGAAGCUUUGAAGCAUCGACAAGUGACGCUGCAAAAACGUGAUGAGAACAUGAAGAAUCUCGAACUGGAAAUGACGAACUACAAGACCGAGCUGGGUUCCACCACGGUGUCAAGUAUGGAAACCCGGGAGAAGCUGACAAAAGAGCUUGCGGAAGCAGCGGAAGUGCUCAAGGUAGAUCUGGAAUCCAUUGACAAAGACCGUCUCGCUGUCGACCAGGAAAUCGAAGAGCUCGAAGUGCGCAAGAAGAACCUAAAACUGGAAAUCGAGGAGGUAAAAAGUUGUAAGGGCACUGCGACUUCUACUUUCUUGAAUCUUUUGAAUCCACCGAUUUCCUUGCAUGACUUGUCCUUGAGUUUGAGUAGCACGAUCUUAUUUCGUACCUACGUACUUGUUGAGUUCCAUAGUUGUUUCCGAUCGCCAGCCCGGCAGACAUAGUUUUUGCUAUAGGUGAAUACAACGACGACUUCAGGUGACGCAAUUGCUGCUCAUAGCGCGGCAGAAGCAGAAGCACUUCAUGACCGAGCAGGACCAGAAGCGAAACAACAUGUACUCCGAAAAGAACAAUUUCAAGCGUCAGAUCUCCGAGAAGGAGCGGCUGGCCCUGGAGUGUGAAAUUGGGGGCAAGGUGCUCGAGGAGAUCCACAAGAUCGUGGAGGUCACAGAGAAGCAAAUGUCGGCGUCGCUCGGAAAACAAAUUUCGGAGCUGGGGAAGAAGCGCGACCAAUUUGACCAGCACUUUGUCGAGGUGCUACGCGAUCAUUGCCGGUACGAGGACGACAGGCUUGUGUCCAUCGGGGAAAUCGCAAAGGUUAGCUGCAGCCGGCUCAUAAAGCUGAACGAUGGGGACGAGACGCUGGUGAUGCAGGAAACUGCCAAAGCCGCCGGCGCUGCAACGGGCGAUGGUACUUUUCGUAUAGCUGCGCAUUUAGAUUUAGUCACCUUUGGCACCUGCGGCCGGACUUCUUCACCUUUUGUAGCUUGUUUGUACCGUCGUAGCUUGAUUUUACUGGCGUUUCAUCGUGUUGCUUCGCGUUGUCGUUUCUCCGGAAAAAACACAAGUGAUGUCUUUGCUUUCUACAGGAUCUUCGGCAGCCCCGCAGCAACUGACGCGAGCAGAAUUUCUGGUGCGCGAGCGGCAUGUCUUCACAAAGGCAACGCACGACCUCGAGUUGGUUUGGACGGACAUUAUGAGCUUCAAAAAACAGCACGAGGACAUUAUCGCUUCCAGUCCAGUUUUGAAGGACCUGGUUUCCAGGAUGGAAACAAAAUACCGACAAAUCAAACAGCAUCUUUCGCCUGGUAUAUUGAUGAAGAAGAGCUAUCCCUUGUCGUCAUUUUGUGAGGUAUCUCCGAGAGCAAAAAUAAUCAAAAUGUUGAAGCUGAUGGCUCUUUUUUAAAAGAAGCGUUGUUACAACCAAGAAAAUCAAGUCAAUGUCGCGUACAAAUUUCAGGUUUGGAAAUGAUGGUCCAAGCCAGCAUGCAAAGUCCGGUGGGCACACCGGACGCGGGCUCCGUUGGAUCUAUCCAGCCUACCGAGGCCCAAGUGGAGGCUAUGCCCCCGGUUCAGACGCACACGCAGGUGCAGCAAGCUCCACCACCGCCCCCACCCGCACCUCCGGUGGUUGUGGAAAAGAAGGAAGCACCACCUGCUCCUGCCGCGCCGCCGGCCCCGGUUGUCGCAGCAGAAGCGAAAGAGCAGGACCCAGCUCCUCCAGUGGUUGUAAAACAAUCCAAACCGGAACCACCAGCAGCGCCGACGUCUCCGGUCGCUGCAAAAGUAGAUGCCCCUCCGCCUGUCGACGACGUGGUCGAUGCGGCUGUUACUGAGCCAACAAGCACAACUGCAGCUAAAACAGCCGAAGGCGAAGAUGAGGAUUUUGCCAUUGCCUAAUCAGCGGUUUUUUCCAAUAUCACCUGUACACUACUAAUUGUAAUUUCAAUCGAAUACUUUUUUACUUACAAAUACGAGCUGACGCAAGAGCACCGUGUAUCCAAAUCCCCGUCGGAGCGACUACUUCCAGCAUUGUUGUACUUCCUCUCCUUUCAGAUACGACGCACUUCAAUGGUGCCCCCGGGAUAAACUACUGUUGUUUAGAUGAUUUCUUCGAUAUUAUAUACGCAAGGCAUUCUACCUCUACGUCUACCCCACCUACGAGGACCACGACGGCAGUGGCAUCUGAACUUUUUGCUCCCCAAUGGUUAAAUAAUGUCAUGCGCUGUGGAUGUGGUGGUUAUGGUUUCCUAACUUCGCCGCGCCUUGAUGGCAUUUCCUGAACGUCAGAAACGAAAGCGAUUGCAUGCACCGGCCGUGAGAAUCGUCGUGAUUCACCGGCCACUUUUGACAUAACGACGAAAUAUUAUUCUGCAACGAAGAGGAUGAUGAUCACAAUUAUCGAAAUCAUGAUAGCGGGCAUUCUUAUCCUUUUCUGGAGUGAAGAUUGAAGACGUGCGCUUUUUGGUUUGUUCUUAU